GGCUGUACAGAACGUACCAGCUCCCCUGUGCAGCUGUGGGAUGAUCUCCAGCCCCUGGGGAAGGAGUUGCCCCCCCUCCUGCGGGUGCACCACAGGCCUCCCCGAACGAGGUGAGAGGUUGAAGUUUGCCCAGAAGGUCACUAUGGGUAACGCUAAUGCUUUUAUUUUUCCUGUCAGUGGAGUAGAGAACAUGUCUGGGAUCAAGAGAGUGAUCGCAGAGAAGGACCCCGACUAUGAGGAGAUCACCAUCACACAUCCCAACAAGCGGCACAAAGCAGCCGAACAGUCAGCUCGAGAUGUUACCGUGCAGAAGAUUGAGACUAUUAUAAAAGAACAGUUUGCUGUCGAAAUGAAGAGUAAAGAACAUGAAAUCGAAGUUAUAGAUCAGCGCCUGAUCGAAGCAAGAAGGAUGAUGGACAAGCUGCGUGCCUGUAUUGUCGCCAACUAUUACGCAUCUGCCGGUCUCCUUAAAGCUGGAGAGGGCACCAGGUCAUGUGAUGCAACAAUUCUUAAUCACCCUUCAAUCAAGAAAUUCUUGGAAUCGCCCUCGAGAUCCUCAUCUCCAGCUAACCAGGGCUCAGACACUCCCUCUGCCAACCACUCCGAGAGCGACUCGCUCUCUCAGCACAAUGACUUUCUCCUGGACAAAGACAAUGGCAACUUGGACGCAGAGGAGCGGCUGGCAAACAGCCUGGACCAGAGACAGAGCAGAAAUGCUGGCCGGGACAGUUCGGGUGUUUCAAGCUCUCAAAAACCAGGACAACGAAAUGCCGGACUGUCAAAUGAUGAAACUUCACGGCUUUAUGUGAAGAAAACGAUUGUGGUUGGCAACGUUUCCAAGUACAUUCCCCCUGACAAGAGAGAAGAAAAUGAUCAGUCAACCCAUAAAUGGAUGGUGUACGUCCGAGGCUCUCGGAGAGAACCCAGCAUAAAUCAUUUUGUCAAGAAAGUUUGGUUCUUCCUCCAUCCCAGUUACAAACCUAACGACCUGGUAGAAGUGAGAGAACCUCCAUUUCACCUGACCAGGAGAGGCUGGGGAGAAUUUCCAGUGAGAGUACAGAUACACUUCAAGGAUAGCCAGAACAAGAGGAUUGAUAUCAUACACAAUUUGAAGCUGGACAGGACCUACACAGGCCUGCAGACACUUGGCGCAGAAACGGUAGUGGAUGUGGAGCUACACAGACAUUCCCUUGGUGAGGAGUAUCUCUUCUCCCAGUCUUCAGAAUCUGAACUUUCUGAUGUUCCUACAUCUUUAUCACUACCAUUGAGUAUUCCAGCACCAGUCAAAGCUUCCUCACCAAUUAAACAGCUGCGAGACUCCAGCCCAGAUGCUUCUGUGGACAAAGGAUUCUCUGGGAAUGCUGAAACCGAAAGACAUGCCGCGUUUUAUUCCCUGCCAUCUUCGAUAGAACGGACUCCCACCAAGUUAGCCACACAGAAAGUUGCCUUUGGCUCCCAUGGAAAUUCAGCCUUUCAACCCAUUGCAGCUAGCUGUAAAAUAGUGCCUCAAGGUCAGAGUCCAAGCCCUGCAGAGUCACCAGGAAAAUCCUUCCAGCCUAUCACCAUGAGUUGCAAGAUUGUAUCAGGUUCUCCAAUAUCGACCCCUAGUCCAUCUCCGCUACCUCGUACCCCAACGUCCACUCCGGUGCACAUGAAGCAAGGCUCUGCUAGUUCAGUCAUUAAUAAUCCGUAUAUUAUUGUGGACAAGCCUGGACAGAUGGUUGGAGCAGCAGCCACAAGCACAGGGAGCCCAACCAGCAAACUGAGCAGUGUCUGCCAGGCCUCUCACGGGACUGGAUCUCCUGUGUCAAAGACCCAUGGGAGCAGUUUUGUUACCUCAGCUGUCAAGCAGGAGGAUUCUCUUUUUGCCACGAUGCCCCCCCUUUGUCCCAUUGGGAGUCAUUCCAAGGUGCAAAGCCCCAAAUCGGUCACUGGAGGACUUGGAGCUUUUACAAAGGUGAUAAUAAAGCAGGAGCCAGGAGAGCUGCCACAGCAGCCGCAGGUCCCGGGGACAGGCGCGGCGCAGCCCUCGGUGCCACAGUACGUCACAGUCAAGGGCAGCCACAUGCUGGCCUUGUCUCCACAGAAGCCAGUUGUGAGCACGGGCGAGGGGACAGUACAGUCUAAGGUGGUUGGUGUCCCGGUUGGUUCUGCAUUACAGUCGACGGUGAAACAAGCGGUGGCUAUAAGUGGUGGCCAGAUCCUUGUGGCAAAGUCUGGCUCUUCAGUAGCAAAGGCUGUUGGUUCGAAGCAGGUUGUGACUCAAGGUGUAGCCAAAGCCAUCGUGAGUGGAGGUGGAGGGACAAUUGUUGCUCAGCCUGUGCAGACUAUAACAAAGGCACAGGUUUCUUCCACAGGUGCUCAGAAAAGUACAUCUCAAGGCUCAGUGAUGGCUACGCUGCAGUUACCAGCCACCAACCUGGCCAACUUGGCAAACUUACCACCAGGCACCAAGCUGUAUCUCACCACCAACAGCAAGAAUCCCUCUGGGAAAGGAAAACUGCUUUUGAUACCCCAAGGAGCCAUCCUGCGAGCCACAAAUAAUGCUAGUCUUCAGUCCGGAUCUUCUACAAGUAGUGGAGGAGGAGGAGGAACCCAAAGCACAAGCAGUAACCUGUCACAGCACCUCACCUAUACAUCCUACAUCCUGAAGCAGACACCCCAGGGCACCUUUCUGGUUGGCCAGCCUUCGCCUCAGAGUUCUGGGAAGCAGCUCACUCCAGCAUCAGUUGUUCAGGGCAGUGUAGGAGUUGGAGCAUCUUCCACACAAGGACAAGCCCUAAAAGUGAUAACUGGACAGAAAACAGCACUGUUUACACAGGCUUCAUCCAGUGGACAGACAUCACUGGUGAAAAUAUCAGAUGGGUCUAUAAAAUCAAUACCUGCCUCAUCCCAGCUCUCCAAACCUGGCACCACCGUGCUGAGAGUAUCAGGAGGUGUUAUCACCACAACUGCUGCUCCUGCCGUGGCCCUUCCCACAAAUGGUGUCACCCAGCAAACAGAUAAUGCAGGUUCCAGUUCGUCAUCUCCUGGAACUCCUGCAACAAAGACAUCUGGACAGCCACACCAAAUCUGUGUAAGCCAGAGCCAGUCUACUUCAUCAGUAGUGAAUAAGACUGCGACUUCCACUGUUGUAAGUGUUGCUUCCUUGAUGACUACUGCAACGCCUAUGACGGGAAAAGCUACAGUAUCAGGGUUGCUAAAAAUCCACUCAAAUCAGUCUAGUCCACAGCAGGCUGUUCUGACAGUUCCCAGCCAGCUUAAACAGCUCGGUGUAAACACAGCUUCUGGAGGUGUUCAGACAAUACUCAUGCCUAUGAACAAAGUUUUACAGUCACUUUCUACCAGCAAAGUUUCAGCAGUUUCAGCUGUUACAGCAGCAAGUAUGACUGCCCCUAGUCCCUCUACAGUAUCCAUCACUAAAGUUAAGAUGGAGCCUGAUUCAACUGGACAGAACUGCAGUUCUGUGGGUACCCAAGAAAACCAAGCAGCAGUGAAAACAGAAGAGAGCUCUGAACUUGGGAAUUACGUUAUCAACAUAGAAUAUUUGGAGAACGUCCAGCAGCUUUUAACAGCAAUAGUGAAGAAGGUCCCAUUAAUUGCUGAAAAAAGUGAGGAUGUAAGCUCUUUCUGUGCCAGUUCAGUGGAACAGUAUUACAGCUGGAAUAUUGGGAAGAGGAGGGCAGCCGAGUGGCAGCGAGCAAUGACAGUGAGAAAGAUCCUACAGGAAAUUGUAGAGAGGCAUCCCAGGUUUCACAAUAUUACCCCUCUGAAAACAAAGCAUGUGGUGCACUGGUGUCGAUGCCAUGGCUACACUCCACCGGACCCUGAGACCUUGCGGAACGACGAGGACUCGAUUGAAGACGUGCUGACACAGAUAGACAGUGAGCCAGAAUGCCCUUCAUCUUACAGCAGUGGUGAGGAGCUGUGCCGAAAAGUAGAGGAACUACAGCAAUUUCUGAAACAAGAACCAGAACACGAAGAGGAAGUAGAUAUUCUCAACUUUAGCGAGCCAUUAAAAAUAAACAUUAAGAAAGAACAGGAGGAGAAACAAGAAGAGAUUAAGUUCUACAUGGCUUCCUUGCCUGCAUCAGAGUUCGUGAGGGACGCUGCUGAGAAGAUAGGGAUUUCUUUUCAACCUGCUGAGGUACAAAAGAAUGUUUAUGCAUCAGUAAUAGAAGAUAUGAUUUUAAAGGCCACUGAGCAGCUCAUGAGUGAUAUCCUGCGGCAGGCGCUGGCUGUGGCGUAUCAGACGGCUCCUCACAACAGGACUCCAAGAGAGAUCACAGUGAUGAAUAUUCACAAAGCCAUCUGUAAUAUUCCCUUUCUUGACUUCCUCACAAACAAACAUAUGAAGAUACUAAAUGAGGAACAAUGAAAUAGAGCAGAGAAGAUGCUACAGGAAAGGAACAUCACUGGUGAGGGAGACAUGUCUGCAGCCUGGCUAUCAACACCUCGCUGGAGAAGGCUUCGCUGACAACAUCCUGACCACUUCACAUCCACCACCCCUUUGUCUUGCCUCAUGGGGGCUUGCUGGUAGUGUGAAUAAGCCAUUGUGAAGCUGGUGGGACUCCUGUGGGACUGUCAUGCUUUCAGCGUGCUUGUUUUGUGUGGCAGUGCUGUUGUGUGGGUGGAGCAUGGGUCAAACAGCCAGAACCUCCAAUGUGCUGAUCUCAGCUGGGUCUCUGAUCUGCUGCAUGGCCUUUGAUUUAAUCACUCUGUGCCUCAGUUUCCCCAUCUCUGAUCAUGGGGAGCAGGAUACCUACCUCAUAGGGGUGUACUGAGGCCUCGCUCUUGUUGGUGCCGUGCUUUGACAAUACAAAGCCUUUUAUAAACAUUAAGCUACAGUUAUCUUUCCUGGCCUGGGGUAGGAACAGAAAUCUUCAAAAUGUUAUCUUUUGGUGCUUUUUUUGGGUAGAAGACAGAUGAUGGUAGCUCCAGUAGUGUGCACGAACUGUGAAAAAUGGUUCAGUUAAAGCGUGGCUUCAGGGUGGCUUCAGGCUUUGAAGGAGAGUAGCCCAGGUUUAAUGCAGUUGUUAAACUGAAGAAAGCACUGUGUACCUCAGAAGGGGUCCUGCCUGUCUUCUCCUUAAAUAAAACUAGGGUCUGCAGGAAAGCCCCUCUCAGUUCAUCACAGCUAACAGGGAGCUGUAGUUCUCUUCAAUGUAAGAGUGGCAAAACCUGACCCUUGAAUCCAGGAAAUGGGACCAAUGGAUGAAAUCCAAACAGCAUUCGGAGAAGGACUUAAAUGCCCCCGGGAAGGACGUUACAGAUGCUCUGGAUUCAAAAGCUAAUCCUGGCUUGUUCGGGUGAGCUGAGUGCAGGAUUGCCUGCGAAAGGAAAGGGCACAGCUUAGCCCUGACAUUAGUUUAUCAGCAGAGGUCAGUGUGACGGAGUCAAGCAGUGGUGAUUAUGUUUCAGCUCAGUGUGGAGUAGAGAGGAAUCCCAGUAGCUGGGGAACUGCAGGCCCCAUGCUUUGUAGGCUGUAGUGAUUUCCAAGCCUGUACUUACAGGCAUCCCUGUGUGCUUCUUUUAGUGCAUCAAAAGAAAAGAGAAGGGCAUUUUCAAGAUCUGUCACUGUCAGGACAGCCUGCAGCUUGUGUGGGAACAGCCUUUUGGGCAAACUCAGUUGUGCUAUGAUCUGCAAUGACCUUGAGUAGGGUAUGCAGUUUUGGGCAGCACAAUAUAAAAAAGGCAUUAAGCUAUGAGAGAGCGUCCAAGGGAAGCCACGAGAAUGGUGAAGGGUCUGGAGGAGAAGCCUUAUGAGGAGCAGCUGAGGGCACUUGGUUUGUUCAGGCUGAAGGAGACUGAGGGGAAACCUCAUUGCAGUUACAACAUCCUCAUGAGGGGAAGCAAAGGGGCAGGUAUUGAUGUUUCUUGUGACCAGUGACAGAACUCAAGGAAAUGGCACGAAGCUGAGUUGGGGUAAGAUUAAGUUGGAUCUCAGGAAAAGGUUCUUCACCUGGUGGUUGGGCACUGAACAGACUCCCCAGGGAAGUGGUCGCAGCACC